AUGUCCGUCCUUAUUUUUCAUCUUCGCAAAUUUCGACACAAUAAACGAGCUGCAAUUCGUUGGAAUAUCGGUGGCCAUGAGCAAAAUACUGUAAUAUCCGGUGCUAACAAUUCCUUGCGCACUACAAACCCUGUAGAUUCAAAUGAUGAAACGUUACUUCGCAAAUUCGGCUCGCAGCUUGGGAGAAUGUUACAAGGUGGUACAGAUAUAGUAAUUUCUCCAGCAAAAUGGCUUUCACAUAUGCAAGAUAAUUGGUAUGUGUUCAGCAGAAGUUUGUAUAGAAAUCGAUUGAUUAAAACGAGCCGUUGUGGCACAUGA